CGAGGCUCAACAACUGGCCCCCACUGCCCUCCUUCUGCCCGGUCAAGCCUUGCUUCUACCAGGACAUCCCCGUGGAGAUCCCUGCUGACUUCCAGAAGACAGUUACCACCAUGUAUUACCUCUGGAUGGCUAGCACCAUUACUCUCUUCCUGAACUUCUUGUCCUCGCUGGCCUGGUUCUGUGUGGAUCCCUCAUCUGGCUCUGGGUUUGGCCUCUCCAUCCUCUGGGCUCUGCUCUACACUCCCUGCUCCUUUGUCUGCUGGUAUCGGCCCAUGUACAAAGCUUUCAGGAGCGACAGUUCCUUCAACUUCUUUGUCUUCUUCUUCGUCUUCUUUGCCCAGAAUGUGAUGUAUGUGCUGCAGGCCAUUGGCAUCCCAAACUGGGGAUUCAGUGGUUGGAUCCUGAGCCUGAUAGCUCUGCGCCAGAACACGGCCGUGGCCGUGAUGAUGAUCCUGGUGUCCUUGUCCUUCACCGCUGUGGCUGUGUUGGGCAUCAUCAUGCUGAAAAAG